AUGGCCGAAACCGCUUCCGCUCGUUCGUCGCCGCCGUCCACCAGCCGGCAGCUUGUACCUCUUCUGUCGGAGCGAGAGCCCAGCUUCCCCUUCUUCGACGGUUCAGCGGUGGGGGUGGAGGCUUGUGGGUCGCAAGAACUUCCCCAGACGAGCCAUUCCUCUCCCGGGCGGCCACGCCAACGGCCGUCUCUGCGGUUCGUCCGUUGCUUCGCUGCGCGUUCUUGCUUUCUGAAAUAAGUUCUUCGAAGUUCUCUGUUUAGCUUUUAUCUUGUCUUUUCCCUUGCGGCGGCAGAGGUGGGAUGCUAUACUUUGGCCCAUUCCGUUCGUGGUAGAAGUGAAGUAGGCGAGGAAGCCGAGGGUGGAGGGGAGGAAGAAGAAGGAGAAGAAGAAGAAGAGGAGGAGGAGGAAGAGGAAGAAGAAGAAGAAGAAGAAGAGGAGGAGGAAAAAGCAGAAGCAUCUGAGUUCGUCGAGAUAGGUUACAUCAGUAGUGUUCACGGCCUCCAAGGGGAGGUCAGAGUCAAAUCCGUUACAGCAUUUCCAGAGCUUAGAUUUGGCGAGGUAUAUCUCAAGGAUCACCCUUGACCGCUCAUUCUUUCUCCUCUGAGAUUCUUAGGUUAUUUCUUGAUUCUCUUGUUGGUGUCUAAUCUCCUUACAUUCUCACUUCCUCUGUAGCCCGGAAGAAGAUGGCUGAGGACGCGUAUCUCUGGAAAAGAUGACGUCCGGGCGAUGGAGCUGACGUGGGGAAGAAGCCACUCUGGACAGAAGACUUGGAUCCUCAGCUUCAAUGGGGUCGAUACUGUUGAGGAGGUUGGUUGGUUAUUUAUUUUCUUCUUUUCUCGCCCAUAUAAAUGCUUCUUUCCUGCCAACGACUGUUCAUAUGGGCAUCCUCAUAUCUUUAUCAUAUUGUAACCCAGUAACUGAUUGUUUCAAUCUGCUGUGUCUGGAUCUCCCUCAAUUCCAUCCGUGUGUACUUGGCCGCCACCUUGAAUUGAGUUCUUUAUUAUCACGAUAAUUUCUCUACUUGCGUUGAUAUUCCGUUUGGCAUGAUUGUAAUUUUCAAAAAUUCCCACCUUCAAUUUAUCUCGCAAUUGAAUGAACUGUGCAACCAGAAGAAAGGACCAUUGAUAUCUGAGGAAGAUUGGUGAUGUAGAGGGAAUAGAAAAUUUAUAAUUGGACUCUAAUUCGUUAUCCCCUCUGUGUCACUAUCACGUUUAAGGUAUGUCUAAAGGAAAGGGCUCAUGUUCUUUUUUAUUUUGGACAUUUAUUUUCCUUCCUUUUUAUUCCUCAUAUAAUGCAGGCAAGGCAGCUUAUUGGUUCUACGAUUCUGGUGAAAGAAGGUGACAGACCGGAAUUAGAGGAAGGGGAAUUCUACACUCCUGAUCUUUAUGGCAUGAAGGUUAUUCUUAAGGUGAAAGUUUGCUCUUUUCUUUGUCUUAAUGCUGUUCCCAUAGGAGAAACUUCGGGAAAGGGGAUCAAAGAUGUCAACUUUAAUUAAUUUCAUAUUUUGAAAGCUGUCUUUUUCUUCAUAUUGGCUUGCAGAUGUGACUAAAAUCUAUGAAUGCCGAUGUUUAUGCAAGACUAUCCCAUCAUGAUUUAAAUACAUUAAUUGCUCUACAUGUAAAUAUAUCCCACCUCCUUUUCCAGACUAAUGUUGGAUUUUUUUUUCUGUCUUGUGGAACGCUUAAAAUCUCAACUUGAUUAGAAAUCAUGUUUGCUCCUUUCGAGCUCUACAUUGUUCUUUACAGAAUUGACGCUAUUUUUUUCUAAUAAUACAACAUAUAUGAGGAUUAAUAACCCUUCUUUGUUUAGCUUCGGGCGUCAUUAUUCUUCAUUUUUUCCCUCAUUUUGGUCUCUUUUGAGUCUUCUCUGAUUUUGUACGAAAUAUUGCUUUAUAAUAUAUUAUUUUUUAACUCAGGAGACGGGUCAGGAAGUGGGGACUGUUGUCAAUGUUGUUAACUAUGGAUCAAAUGACCUAUUGCAAGUGAGGCUCAAUGAAACCAAGGGAAGUCAUGAUGGCAAAGGUUCUGCAGGCCCUCUGGUUUGGGUCCCCUUUGUCGAAGCUAUUGUUCCUGAUGUUGAUAUUGACAAUAGAGAAAUUUAUAUCACUCCUCCUAAAGGGCUUUUAGAGUUGAAUAUACGUUCUGAUACGAGAUCGAAGAAAGAAAGACGUCUGAUGGUUUGGUCUGCUUCCUUGUAAUAAAUAUCUUUUCUUCCUUUUUUCUUUUCAUUCUGAAACAUAACUUCUUUCUUGGUUUCUUUUGUCUGUUGUCUCUCUUGGUUUGUGGUCACUAUUCCACAAACUAUACUCUCCAUUUUUCUAUGCGUCUCAACAUUUGUUUGCUGGGAUUUACUAUUAUUAAUUUUAUUUUGCUUAUGUGCGCUUCUUGAGUCAAAGAAGAAUAGCUUGGAAGACAGACUUAGAAGUAGUAUUUGAUACGGUUAUAACCAUAGCUUUCUUGUGAAAUAUAAAGUUCAUUCAUCUUGGCAAGUGUGCUUAAUUUUCUGAUAUGAUAUUGCGAAAGGAUCAGGGGCAAACUUUUCUUCCUUCCUUUUUUUUUUUUUUUUGGUAUCCUCUAGAAAAGGCUAUGAUACUUUUUUUCGAGUGUGUCCAUAUUUAUGGAUUUUGCUCUCUGCUAUGAGACAACGUAAUUUUGUUGCUUUCUUCAGGAGAAGCAAUCGUUUCCCCAUUAAAUCUUUGGUGUACGGAAAUCAGUUCCUCCCAUGAGCUACUUCCGUAGUCAAGCUAUGUACUUACUGUGAAACACUGAUAAGUUUUGCAUGCGUUUAGGAUUAUCCUUUGAAUUUUUUGGAGUCGUAGCAGCAGGCUGUGUUGUCUUCUGUCCCCCAGAUAUUGCAAGCGACUUCUACAGCAGUUGCUAUUUGCUUUUUUAAACAUAGUUUCUGCAAUAUAUUCCUUUUUGGUUAUUGAAGCCGUUAACGUACAUAAAAUCUAACAAUUCUGCUUAUUCUUUUGGUAGAGCAAUUCUGUCAACUCAUUCUUGUCUUACCUUAUGUUGUUUGUUUGGUAAUUAUCAUUUGAAAUUGGCUCAGGAAUGGAGGGAAAGAAAGAAGCUUCAACAAAAUUUGAGCUCAGCAAAGAAGACGUUGGCCGAAAUAGGCCAGGAACAUGUUUUAAGGGGGUUCACUUUUGGCGGAAAGGAUCAGAAGAGAUUACUUGGAAAACAGAUCGGAAAUAUCAAUCUGAGGUUGUUUCAACAUGCAAUGGGAAACGUCAGCAAACCCUUUGAAAGGUGAAAUGACGCUCGUCAAAUUAUAGUUUUUUUUUUUAUCUCUUGAUACCUCGUUCCCUCAUCAUGCCAUCGUGGAGACAUAGUUCACCUACUUGAUUUCUUCCUUGGAGGCCCAAAUGUUCAUGUUUCCCAAUAUUUGUUUAUCAUCACAUUUAUUUGUGUGCCUUUCAUUUUUCUCAGUAUUUAUUUUGCCGCAAGUAAGCAGCUUUAUGGAAAGAGGUAAACAUUGAGGUGAUUUCACUACAGAGAAAUAUCUCUCCUACAUAUACGACAGUUGGGAUAGUAGUUCCGUAGGUAGGAUGAUUAGGCCCGUACAGCGGCCAGUAAAACAUGUUUUCAAGUUGAAGCAUACGAGCGUUGAUGCUUCCCAACUCAAUCGCUGGUGUAACGUAAGGCAAAGAAGCAGCUCAAUCAUUGGACUUUGUAGAUCGAUGUGCUGCUUGGUCGUCAGAUCUUGCAUAAGGGGUUCAAAUCUUCUUUAUUUAUCAGAGCUCCCUGAGUAGAAUAACUACUAAAAUAUCCGAGUCUCAUUAAAAACAGGAUUGUUGCUAAUGAAGAUUGCAACUCGAUUACCUUAGUGCAAAGCAUUGCGAUGGAGAGCUAUCCACUGCAUGGAUAGUUUAUGUACAUUGCCAGGUCCAGAACAGCGCCAGCUUUGCAGCUUCCUUAUAUUGCUUCUUGAUUCAUCUCAACUUGGAAGAUAGUCCGAUAAGUAUUUUUUCCAACUUAGUUAUGAUUCUCCAAUGGUGUUAGUCUCAACAUUUAGGGGUUAAGAUGUAUGGAUAAUUGAGAGACUAACUUUGGACAGUUUAAUUUCUUGAAAAAAUCUCACAUACCUCUUUAAAACCAAAUUCACUGUGCCUCCUAAGCUGCCAUUUGUAUCUUGAAACUCUUUGAAUUUUGAAGACUAUUUUUCCUCUUUUGCAACUGGGAACCAAAGGCUCAAGUAGUAAUAUUUUCAGGGUGAAGUCUUCCUUCGUUACUUUGGCUAUCAAGCAAUGUUGAUUCUUUUGUGAGCAUCCGACCCAAAUUCAAGUGUCCUGUUUGCUUUCAAAAGUCCAAUUUUCAUCCUGUUCUAAAAUUUAAGAAGGAUGAGUCAUAUGCAUUGCUAAGCUUUCAUUGGAUAACUAUUUGAAUUGUGCAUAAAUUAAUCAUUCACGUUUAAUACACAACACCUGGGAGAUGCUGUAAGAACACAACAUUUUAUGGAUAAAUUGUUGCAUUAAUUGGGUAAAACGUUAUUCUUCGGUUCACCUUCUCAACAACUGGAAAUUACAGUCCACUAGUACCUAGUUUUUCUGCACUCGUAGGGUUUGAAUCCAACCUUUGGCAUACCAUUCUAAAUAUCGCAAAAUUUGGGCUUGUGUAGUGGAAUUGCAUUCUGCUGAAAAACUAUUAGGCUGCUAUAUGUGAUUUUUAGUUUUCAUUAAUUCUUAGGAGUAUUUUCUUAACCAUCGUACUUAAUACAAGGUUUUGUCAACUAAAGACUAAGUGGGAAUUAAUUCUGAUCACAGGGUUAAACUUGCAUCAUUCUCCUUGUGAUGAUUCCGCAAGAGACAACUUUUUGGGCUCUUGGAUAAUGUAAAUGGAGAUUUUCAUCUCAGCAGGACAAUCAUAGGUCUCGGCAUUGUGUUAACAGUAGGCUCAUUAAAAUUGAUCUUUAUUAUUGUAUUUUGCUCAUAAGAUUCAAUUCGUCCCAUCAGGUGUGGGAUUAUUCUAGCCACACUCAUGGUUUAUUCAGGAUAAACGGUUAUAAUUGUUUUUACCAUCAUCGAUUGUAGGUAUUGUCAUGGAAUAUGAAGUAUAGAGGGGUAUAUCGCACCAGAAGUCAUUAAUUAUAUUGUGCUACAUGAACCAUGGAGUUCUACGAAUUUGGAUGAUUAUUUCACAGCGUGGUUCACGUUAUGAUCCGUUUUUUAUGUGAUGCUUGGCUUACUGUUGUUUCUUAACUUGCAGAAACAAAAAAUAUGCCAAUUCAAGCACAAUAGCGGAGAAUGGCUGGGAAAUAUCUCAUUAUUCAUGCUAUAGCUCGUCCGAUUGUGAUGAGAACAAAGAUCUACAGGGACUUAGAGCAGAUGGACUUCGUCUAAUAUCAGAGUCCAAAGUUGCCAUUAUUUUAGUCCCAGAAAGUCAGAAGAAUGAGAAGUGUCUACCUUCAUUUUCUGAAGAAACCACAUCUUAUGUUUUGCAACUUAAGAAUGCUCUUUCUGCUUAUAGAGGAUUCGCUGAGGUUCACUCAUUCUUUUUUCUUUUUCAUGCUUUGCUCUUUUCUUUUCUCUUUCAUCAUCUUUUGUAUCAACCUGAGAAAACAAGAAAUCAGUUGCUUAUUUAAUGAAGAUUUUUAUUUGUGGGGGGAAAAUGUUUGUCAAGGAGUUCAUUUGUCAUACAAGAAAGAUAGAUUUUAUUAGUUUUAUACAAUUUUCUGAAGAAAUUGGGAAAAUAACACUUAAAAUUAGAGUCCAAAUGAGAGUGAAAGAAAAUUAACCUUUUCACUCUUUAAUAAAAACAGGAGAAGCUUUUUCUAAGAUCUGAUAGCUCCAUUGAUUGGCAUCCAUAAAAUAUGAGGUAGUCUGGAGGAUUUUCCUCACUAUUUUCAGCUUUGGACGAGAGGAAAUGGGACGGAUCAUCAUCUUCACGACUGAAGUUAUUUCUCUCUCAGCAUAUGAUCGUUAGGUUCAGUUUCACCACAGUUUGCGUCAGUAGAAAGAAAAAUAAAUAAAGUAAUGCAAAAGAUGGCCCUGAUUUAUGUCCAUCUCACGCCUUUUACUGUGCCCUAUUAUCAAAUGUAUGCCUGCCCUUUGCUCGUUUUCAAAUUGUUUUGCUCUUUUUCAAAUUGUUCUUGUUGUGAGUAUGCACUGCCUUACUGAAAGGUGUUCCACAUACUUAACUAAAUCACAUCGAUUCUUUUGUUUUUCUACUAACCCUGUUUUUUUCCUAAGCGGGAAUCAUGGGCUUUCGUUCCGUUUAUUUUUGCAUAGUUAGUAUGCAUGCAUUGAACAAAAUGGUUUUAUUAUGUUGGUAGUCUGACGAGACUCUGAUCUUGCGAGUAGGCCAAUGAAUGUGGAUCUUCACCACCAUUGACAAUUCUCUCUCCAGCUCGUGAUCUGAAGCCUUGUCAAGAGCUUUUAUUGGGCCUAGAUUACUUCGGCUUUGACAAAGAGAAGGUAUGACUUGAUUCCAAAAUUUCAUGAGAAAUCAUCUUUCUUGCUUGCAGCAGUCUUCCCUUGAAAAUAGAAAUCCCUUCUAGAAACCUAUUUUAGUUGUCUUUCGUCUUCCCUUUCUGAAAUUUGUGCCUGUAUUUUUAUAACCUUGGUGUCUAAAUUCCUUUUAGGUCUGGCUUUUGGAGGAAGAGAAGCUACCUGUCGUGAACAGGGUGCAAAGUGAUCAAGGCGGUCAUAAGAUCCUCUUAAGGUCGCCGUGGGAAAUUAUUGAGUCACCUGCGGGACCAGGAGCGAUAUUCUCUCCUCUCUCCUCUCACAAGAUCGUAGAUAAUCUGAAUGCAAUGGGCGUGCAAUAUGUGCAGGUGGAGGAUCUAUUAGAACCUAUUUUUUUGUGGACAGAUUUAUUCUCUUGCCCUUGUUUUUGUUUCACCGUUUCUAGAAACUGUUUUUUCGGUUAGGUUUUACUAAACUUGGCAUAGUUUUUUCAAACUUUAUUAUGCUAAUUUUGUGGUAAAGUUUUAGUUAGGAGACACAGUGGUUGGAAUAGGAAAAAAAAUGUAGAAUGUAUGUCAUUACCUGCCCCUAUAAAGUAUUGCAUCAUAUUAUUAUCUUUGACUUGGUAGCUGAAAUAUAAAUCCUAACUGGUUCCCAAAAUUGACUCUUGAUAUUAUGGUUGGAAUUUCGUAGGUAUGCAGUCUGAGUCAAAGAUGUGCUCCUGGGCAUCUGUUGUUCCUGGGGUUGGUCAAUGCACGCAAAGUCAACGUGGGGGUUAAGAUCUUUAGUGAUGCAGAUGAAGAUGAUGAUAUCGACAUGAUUUUUUCUAUGGAGUACUUGAACAAAGUGACCAAACAGAUGGAUGAACUACCCCCGUUUUAUGCUGUUCCGAAGCAAAAUAGACAUGUUGAGCUGGUUGAGAACAGCUGGGCUGAUGUCGAACCCAGCGAACCCAACUCUUAUCACCUCUAUUGCCCCAUUCAUGAUAUUCUGA